GGAAGUCGUGAGAUCCAUUAAAGAGGAUGUGCGAAAGAUAAAAACAUAGAUUCAACAUAAAAGCUAAAAACAAAGCAGAUCAAACUAUCUAAAAAUUGGGUUAAGAUCAUAUUCUUUAUUUAAAUGAAUUUAAUGUUUAUGAUUUCCUUAUCCAGCAGGCCUCCUUAUACAAUAAUUCCGUAAGUCUAUUGCCUCCUCUCUGGUUCACCCUAUCAUUAUACUCUUUCUUGCCUGUAUUUAUUGCAGAUUCAUGUUAUCUAUCAAGAUCUGCAUCAUAGAGCUUUCACCUAUUUAGUUGCUGACUUGGUUGGAGUUGAGUUCAUCACACAAUAUGGCCUCUUGGGAGGUAGAAGGAGAUUUAAAUGACAGGUUCAAGAGCAUACUCUUGCCAAAAGUGGAAUGCCUAUUACACAGGUUCAAAAUCACGGAGGCUUCCCUGUAUCACCUCUUCAAAUUGCCUAUACUAGAAGCGGUGGCACCAGAGCCUCACCUGGAAAUACGGUCGCUUGAUGAUUUAUGUCAGUUGAUCCAAACAAUUGAAGAAAAGUUGAAUCAUUUCCAUUCUGUUAUUGAAGAAAAUACAGCAGAAUGUAGUCCUGACAUCACUCAGUCCAUGCAAAAUAAUAGAGAAGCUCCACUCCCGCUAAGGGCCAUUGAAUUUCACAGCCAUGACAACAACGUUCGCCCCCCUGCAAGACGUGCAACAGAUUCAGACCCUUCUCUGACCAUUGCACGAUCGAAGAUACAUGGUCAAUAUUAUUGCCGGGUUUGCUGGACCAGAGGACACGUCCCACAGCAAUCUUCUGAAAACAGUUCUGCUCAAGCAAGGCUGACAACUAAUGAAAUCUAUGCUAUCAUAAUGGUGAUACCCAAGGAGGCCACAGUGCACGUUGGACGUCUCUUACAUCUCACUGAUGAUCAGGUUGAAAAAUGCAUUAAAGAUGCAAAAGAUAAUGAACUGGAGAAACUGUAUAAAAUUAUAAGAAUGCGGGAAAAUAAUGAAAAUCCCACAAAGCAGCAAAUAGUCUGUGAAAUUGAAGAAGCGCUGAUCACGCUGGACCACGAGGCCAGUUUAAAUAAAUUAAGGCGGAUUUGCUGCAACAAAUGCAAACACUUAACAAGCUAGAACAAGGACAAUUCUCUUUUUGGGGAACAACAUUGAUGAAGAGAAUUCCCCUUCCCUCUCUCCAAUAAACAU